GUGUUGCCUCCUCCUUCAGUAGUGCGCCAACGCCCACACUGGCAGCUGGGGAAUCGGGCGUUGAAAUGGUGCAUUGUUCCCUCAGUGUUCUAUGAUAGACCUUGACUUUAACUCACUGAAGUAUUCUCUGAGCACAAUUUAAAAAGAGACGAAACAAAUAACUUAAACCUAGGGAAGAAAAGCAACCAUACAGAUAAAAGAUAGCAAAAACUAGAGUUACUUUAAGAUUAAUAAGAGAUAGAAAGGGGGGUUACUUAAAACAGAAACCAGUGGAUAACACCAAAGAGAAAACAAAAGCAAUAAUAAAGAGGAAGAGAAGGAGACGAGAGACUCCCCAAGCCUUCGAGGGACUCGGCGCCAGAGGGCGGUUCCGCGAUGGCGCUGGACCAAGUGACUCACCCCCUCGACUUCCGCAUGUACUCCUGGCUCGUCGCGAACACGUCGUGGGCCCCGAACGCCACCGUGUACCCCGUCCCGCCGCAGAGCCCCCCCGUUGCGGACCUGUGGACGCGGGCCGCCGACGUGGAGCAUGCCAUUCUGGAUAUCGCCUUCCAGGACCUGCCUUUGGGCGUCAUCACUCUGCUGGCGCUGCAGAAGGGCGUGCGCUGCUCGAGCACGCUCUACCAUCCCGUGACCAAGCUCGCGGUGCGCUACAACAUCCGCUUCUAUGACAUCAUCAUCACUAACAUCCUGAAGACCUUCGUGGGCAUGUUCCUGAUGGCGGUCUCCCUGCCACUCGUCCUCCCCGCCGUCUGCGUGUUCUGGCUGGCGUCCUGCGUGGUGAGCGCGAUCUACAGAACGAGGUACAGGGGCGUGUUCGUGAAGGCGCGGGGCAUGGACAGCGUGUGGGGCGUCGAGUCCAAGGAGAGUCGGCCCUUCAUCACGAUCUGCCUGCUGGUGUCCGGGGCGCCCAGACUCGAGGACAUCCAGAGGCAUCUCCGCGAGAAGAUCUUAGACGUCGUCGAGGAUGGCGCCAAGAAGGACUUCAAGUACAAGAAGUUCCGCCAGGUGUUCUCCAAGGUGUGCGGCUACUACUGCUGGCGCGACGCGGAGGAUUUCGACAUCGGCAACCACGUUAGAAUGAUUCGACUCUCCGAGUUGUAUCCUGCGGGGGAGAGAGGGGAAGGAGAGGGAGUCACGAUCGGAAGAGGAGGAGAAGAAGAAAAGGAAGAGGGGAGAGGGCAGAGGAGCGAGGUCAUGGAUUCUCUGGUUCACCGCUUCGUGAGCGAGGAAGGCACGACGGCCCUCUCCCCCGACAGGCCGCCCUGGGAGGUGCUGCUGCUGCUGAGGGAGGACGGAAGAUACAAUGUGGUGAUUCGUCUCCAUCACGCUAUCGGCGACGGAGUGACGCUGAUCCGUCUGUGUGUCGAAGCCCUUGUGGACACGCCCCUGCCGGCCCCUCCCGUCGGCACACGCCCCGGAAACGCUCUCAUGAAGGCAGUGAUGGCGGUCUGGUCCUGCCUCGUGCUCCCGCUGGGCCUUCUGCAGGUGGUGGCCAACUUUGACAGGAACUGCCUCCACGGGCACCAGCUCUCCGGCAAGAAGGUGGUGACGUCAUCAAAGGGCCUUCCGCUGGCGACCCUCCGUCAGGUGAAGAUCGCCGCCUCAGCCACCGUCAAUGACGUCCUCAUGUCCUGCCUCUCUGCCGCCCUCGCCAAGCACUUCGCCCGCAGGUCCGAGGAGGUGUCGCAGGUCACCGCCGUCGUCCCCGUCAGCUUCCACGACCUGCGCGCUCCCCUCACGCUCACCAACAAGUUCUCCGUCGCCACCGUCAAGCUACCGUCCUCCCACUGCCUGGCGCCCGACUCCAGGCUCAGGCUCACCAAGACUGUGCUGGACGGCAUGAAGCGCGACCCGACCCUCGCCGCCGUGUUCUGGGUCGUGCGGGCCGUGAGCGAGGUCCUUCCCGCUCCCGUGGCCGAGCUCCUGCUGUCUGGCCGGGGCGUGUCUGUGGCCGCGAGUAACGUCCCGGGCCCGCAGACGGAGAUCAGCGUCUGGGGAGACAAGAUCGAGGACCUGCUCUUCUGGGUGCCCAACCGAGCCCCCGUGGGCGUGGGCGUGUCCUUCGCCAGCUACAUGGGCGUGGUGAAGAUCGGCCUCAACGUCGACGCUGCUCUGGUCCGCUCCGGGAGGGAAGCACAAAGGCUCCUCGAAGACAUGGAGGAGGAGUUACUCGUCCUCCACAGGCGCCUCGUCCUGGGUCAGCCUUGAGCUCGACGGAAAUAAGGUCAAAGAAGGUCAAAUGACGGAGCUCGGAAGGGGGUGAG